AUGCAAUUAUUGAAGUAGAAUUAUUUGAUAAUAUAGAGGUAUAUUGGCAAAAUAUUUUCUUUUUAUCUUUAACAAUUCCUCCACAAAAGUAUUUAUCUUAAAGCUACAUAAACUUUAAUAUAUCUAAAAUUUGAAAUUGAAAUUUGUUUAUUUAUUGAAUGUUAUUAUUAAUUAAUUAAUGAAUUAAAAAAAUCCAAUUCAGGGAAACAUUUUAUUGCAUUACUUCCUACUUAUUUGAAUAUUAAAGAGGAAACAAAAUAUAUUGCAAAAUAACAAAAAGAUAAUAUCUAAGUUCUAAAAACAUACACAAGCAAAAAUAAAUUAAAAGCAUCAGACUCCGAUUUGUAUCAAUAAAUUAUCGAAAAAGUGAAAUAUUCAAAAAAAGAAUUAGACCCUAUUGAGUAUGAAUAGAUUUUAGAGUUGUUAGAAUAAAUUCAACCAAAAUAUGAAAUUGGGGAUAACAUUAAGAAAGUUUCAGGUAUCGAACUAGUCAUAAGGUAAAAUGACAAUAUGAUUAUAAUGCCAGGAUAAGAAUAAUUAGAAAUACAAAAUGAUAUUUAGUUAUAAUAGGAUAACAUUGUUUUAGAAAAUAGUGGUCCUAUCGAUGAAUUGAUUGUAUAGUAUCAGAAGAGAAACGAAUGGCAUGAUAAGGUAAAACUUGUGGCAAUUUCAUUGAAAGCUUCUUCAGAGGAGAUUAUUUAACUAGUUACUAAAAAGAAAUGGGAAUGUAUGAAUCAUUACAAAUUAAUAAAGAAUAAAAACGGAAAUCAUUAAUUUCUAGAUAUGCUAAAUAUAGAGGGGCUUCCAAUUGCUAUCAUAAUUGGCAAAAAUGGUCAAAUAGUUCAUUUAGGUUAUCACUUUGAAGCAGAUUUAGACAAAUUAAUUACAAUAGAAAUGUCAAAAGAAGAUGUAGAUGGUUCAAUUUUAGGAGAAUCAUCUUUAUAAGCAAAUCUCAAAUUAGAGGAUUAGAAAUAAAAUGGGGAAGGCAAAAUUCAAUAAUCAUAGAAUGUGAAUAACAUGAUAAAAGAGGAAGUAAAAGUGCUUAAAUAAUAUCUCUAAAUUAUACAUGGGGCUCUAUAAAAAUUCACAUUUCAAUUUAAAUUCUAGAUUAAAUUAAGGAGAUGCAGAAUAUAACAAGCUGAUGGGAGUUAUAUGAUUUCAGAGAUAUCUCAACUUUAAUUAAAAUAUAAAAUAACUGAAAAAGAGAUGGAAACUGUAGAUUAUUUUAUGGAAUUGGUUUGGAAUUAAAUACCUGAACAUUUACGAAUUGUACUGAAAUCUGAAGUUGUGUGUUAAAGCAAAUUUAUUCAAAAUAUUAUUCAAAUGGCCUUUGCUAGAUAAGGUGUAAAAAUUACAUACAAACCUACUAUGAGAAAAUCUAUAAACUGGGAUUCUAAUCUCUAAAAAAUUUUGAUAAACGAUACUGAAAUCUUGAAAGCUGUAUCUAGUUAACUCAAUCUUGAAAAAUUUUAUGACGGAUUAGAGGAAUCAAAACCAAACAUAGAUUUUUAUAGUAAGCGAUUUGAUUUAGGAGAAGAGAUUAAUGAAAUAGUUGAAGAGUUACGUUCUCAAGUAACUCUCGGUCCAGGGAGGAGAUUUGCACCUAUUCUAAAUUACAAGAAAUUUAAUUCUUAAGAAAUAGAAAACAUUUUUCAUUCUAAAGGAUAAGAUAGCAUAGCUUAACUUAGAAAUAUUGAUAAACUGAUUGAAAAAAAUAGUUAGUCUUGGAGUAAAAUUGUUAAAUUUGUAGCACUUAAUAUAGGGGAUGAAAAAGAAUUUGUAGAAUUUUUAGAAUAAUACUAAGACCUCCAAGGGCGUCUAUUAAUACUCUAUAAGAAAAGGGCUCUUCUAACUGACACAUCUUUAUAUGCCGUUAAGGAGGUUCCAUAUUUCAUAGUCAUUGAUAAAUCUGGGUUUAUUAAAUACAUAAACAGCCCAAUGAAUUUAGAAAGGUCAAUUUAAUAAUUAGUAAACGAAAACGAAAACGAUAAAAAUUGGAAACCGGUUAAAAUACCAAUCAAAGAACAAAGCGUGAAUUAGAUUAAGCAAAUAUUAUUAAAGGAUGAUUUUAAAGAAUAUCUAUUAUCAAUUGAUAAACAAAAAGUUAUUCAGCUUAAACUUGAUUUCGAAGUCUAGAAAAUUGGAAACGAUAUUUUCUUUGACAACAUCUAUUUAAAUUACUUUAUUAGAGAUAAGCAGGAGGAAGAUUUUAAUAAAUUAUUAGAUAGAAUCUUUUCAAUCAUUCCAGAGGAUUGUUGGAUUAUAAAAAAAUAAAUCUAAUAAACAAUUUCUAUCCCAUAUCCAGGAGAUAAAUGUGCAGUUUGUUAGAAAGAUAUUUCAAAAGUUCAUCAAUAAUAUUACUGUUAUUUUAAGAAUGAACAUGUUUGUCAAGAAUGUGCUGAAUUUACUGAUGUGGAAAAAUAAGGGAUGGAUAUGUAUAAAUAUCAAGAUACAUUAAUAUUUAUAAAUGGUCCUCUUCAAGAUAAAUCUGUCUUACAUGAUAUAGAUUUACACAAAAUUGGAAAAAAUAGAAAACUUUUCGAAGGGCAAAAACCCUCCCAAAAGCACUCAUUCGAGUGUAACGGAUGUUCUAUCAAUUAUGAAGGACCUCGAUAUAUAGCGGUAAAUGCACGACCAGGAAAUUACAGAAAGGAUGGUUAUGUUGAUUAUUGUAAAAAUUGUUUCUUGAUUUUGAAAAAUAAAGAAUCGAUUGAUGCAAAAAAAAUUAUUGAAAGCAAUUCUGAUGAAGGUAUGACAGCUGAUAUCAUUUUUACAAGAGUAUUGUUUAAUUAUGGUAACUAUAGAGAGUUUUGA